AUGAUGCUGCUCUAAAUGAGGUAACCAAGCUUAAUGAUAAGGAGACUACCUUUGAAUUAUCAAAUUUACUUAAACAUCAUUGAGGGAACAAAAGAAGUUAGGAACUACUAUGACACUUUAGUCAAUAGGUUGCAGCAAGCAAAGAGAAAGCCAAUAUUAAUGAGACCUCCAUUUUAGUGGUCUUAAAAUCUUCACUAUAUCUAUAUUGAGGUUAAGUAUGCCUAUCGUCAUGAUGUCUCUGGGUGUGCUUCUCUAUUCAAUGAGAGUGUGAUCGCGAAUGAAACUUCUCUGUCAAUACAAGCUUUUUGCAUGGAGCAAGAUAAUUUCCUAAACUUCUAAGUAUCUUUUGACUUCUGGGCUCCAGUUAAUGGCUCAUCUCUCAAAUGGGAAUAUCAGCCAGUUGGCAAGCACUACAUUACAAUAGAGAAAUUGACUAAACCAGGUAGAUGGAGAACACUGCACAAAGAAGGCUCACCAAAGCCACCUAUGAUGAAACUUUGGUUUGAAAAGCAUUAAAAGCAUCACUAUCAACUAUAUGAAUUUGAAGAUGAUGAAAUCGAAGAUUUCGAAGGUUGGGAUCUAAUUGAUAACCCUGAAGAACAAGAUCAAAAUGAUAUGGCAUGGCUAUUCCCCUAGAAAGGUCCAGGUCAAUUUAAGGAACUUUCAAAGAAGAAAAAGAAGGGUAAAGGAAAGAAUAAAAAGAAUAAGGCUAGUAGUAAAAAGUCUAAAUAGAAAUGA